UCCUUUAAAACACUUGGUUACACGUUGUCAGGUCCUGGAGAUUUCUCUGCCUUUUGUCCCAUCAGUUUAUCAAAUACCUUGUUUCUCAUAACAGAAACUGUUGCAAGAUCUUUCCUCCCACUGACAUCUUGCUUAUCUGUUAUCUUUGAGAUGGAGUGAGAUAUAUAUUUGUCAUGUUACUAGCCAUGCAGUAUUUCUGGGUGCUGGUCUUUUGCUGUGCCUUAGUUGGUAUUGGGGAGGCCAGUUACUCAACCAUUGCCCCCACCAUCAUUGCUGACCUCUUUGUGGAUGAUGCAAGGACCUUGAUGAUCUCCAUCUUCUACAUUGCCAUCCCAGUGGGAAGUGGUCUGGGUUACAUCCUUGGAUCUGGCGUAAUGAAACUAUCUGGCAACUGGCACUGGUCAAUGAGGGUUUGUGGGAGCAACAGCAAGUUACCCAAGCGACGAUGCUCAUUCUGCUCCGUCUCUCGUGGUAGCUCGUCUGAGGCAAACUGGACUGUAAACUCGAGACAAAGCUCCUGGGGGUACUUUCUGGGAUAGUUGUGCACCAGGCAUCACUCCAGGUUUAAAUCACCUUCACAGAAAUAUCCUGCUCUACCUGUAGUUGUGGAUUUAAAAAUAACAACCGUUGACACUGA